GGGAGGGACAGAGCGAGGGGAGAGGCGCAGCCGCGCAGGGCAACACGGCGCCGCGCGCAGGCUUCGCCCCCGCUGCAGGCGAGGCAGGUGCAUCCAGACAAGAAUCCCUACGACCCGCAGGCGGCCGAGAAAUUCCAGGUCCUCACUGCAGCUUGAUUCAGUCCAUGUUCUUGCUAGACAGCGACUCGAUUUAGCGGAGUGAAUGCGUGUUGUCCUGGCAAGCUGAGUUUUUUCCCCUCUCGAAGUCUCGAUGAUGUAUUUCAUUCUCUCGCACAAAAGAAUAUAGUAUGCUGGAACUCUCUUAUCUCUGGUUAUAGUUGGAACGGCAAAAUGGUGGAAGCAGAUGAGCUCUUCAAGAAUAUGCCUGCAAGGAACGCAGCUUCAUGGAACACAAUGAUUUCUGCUAACGCAGAAAAUCGACGAUUUGUUGAUGCACUAAAAUAUUUCAGUGCAAUGUCGGCUUCAGGGCAGAUUCCGGGAGAAAUUACCCUGUCAAGUGUUCUUCUUGCAUGCGCAAACUUGUGCUCUUUAGAGGUGGGCAAGAUGGUUCAUGCUAAGAUUGUCAAGCUUGGAAUCGAACAUAACAUCUUUAUGGGAACUGCACUCAGUGACAUGUAUGCCAAGUCAGGGGAUUUGGACAGCUCCAAGAGGAUAUUUUAUCAAAUGCCUGAAAAAAAUAGUAUCACUUGGAUUGCCAUGGUUCAGGGACUUGCAGAAAAUGGCUUUGCAAAAGAUUCUAUUUUGUUGUUCGAGAAUAUGAUGGCAAAUGGAAUAUCACCGAAUGAGCAUACAUUUUUAGCUAUUUUAUUUGCUUGUUCCCACAGUGGUUUGGUGGAACAAGCCAUACAUUAUUUUGAAGCAAUGCAAGCACAUGGCAUCCCACCUAAACAGAAGCACUACACCUGCAUGUUUGAUGUCCUAGCUCGAGCUGAUCGUUUGACAGAAGCCGAAGAGCUUCUCAUGAAGGUUCCAAGUAACUUUGAAGCAAGUGCAUGGUCAGCUCUUCUGAGUGCUUGCAACACUUACAGCAACAAGGAGAUAGGUGAGAGGGCAGCAAUGAAACUUCAUGAGUUGGAGAAAGAUAAUACAGCGGGCUAUGUGCUACUCUCGAACAUGUAUGCAUCUUGUGGUAAAUGGAAAGAUGCUGCUGAGAUAAGAAUACUGAUGAAAGGAGCUAGCCUUAAGAAAGAUGGUGGGUACAGCUGGUUACAAUUGAAGGGACAAUAUCAUGCCUUCUUUUCUUGGCAUUUGAUAUUUUCCAAAAAGAAUAAUGAAAAUGAGAGGAUGGUAUAACGCAGCAGCAAUUGGAACUUCAGAACUCCGAGAGUCGAGUAAAUUGAGCUAAUGUCUCCAGAAUGGUCCUAUACAAUGGAUCAAUCUCGGUUGUCAAAUAUUUCAGGGACAACAUACUGGAUGGCACUGUUUUUUUCACCCUCCUUUUCGUGAGCGAGCUGUUCGAGGGCUACAUUGGUCAUCUUGCAAUGGCAACAAUGGCCUCCACUGAGAUGACAACCGACAACGACAACCCCUAAAAGCUUCAGGACAGGCUCAAGAAUGUACAAAGGGAAAGAGAGGAAAAGCUAGCUAGAUUCUUCAAGGAAUUCCUCUCCCAAUAUGUUCGUGGUGACAAAGAAGGAUUCGCUAAUCGUGUGGAAGCUGAGGCGAAGAGGCUCUCUCCAGCACUUGUCAAUCUUCUGAUCCUAUUAAACCAUUUGUACUUUUAUGUUGUCUAGCAUUCAACUCACUGUGAAAAAAUGUCCAUUUGCAGCAUCUGGACUGGAUAUUCUUCGCACCAUCGGAUAUAUGUAUUCUUGACAUGCAGCAAAGGAGCUAACACCAAAUGGUGUGUGGACAGGAAAGAAACAUUAACAACAGCAAAAGAAGCCACAUUCAGAAUGUAGUUUAUGUAAAAGAUGAAUUGUUUGUAGAUAAAAAUCCCAUCAUACAGAAACUAAGUAAUAUGAAAGCUCCCUUGAUAACAUGCUACAUUGGUUAAGCUAGAUCCCACAAUGCAUAUACUACCAGCGUAUAUAAGAGGUGGCCCUGAAAAUUUGACAACUUUGUAGUUCUGAAUGGACAAGCAUGAUUUGCGCUUUCUAAUCCAAAAAGCUUCGCACCAUCGGAUAUGUGUAUUCUCGACAUGCAGCAAAGGAGCUUGGCAAGAAGGCCAUGUACCUAGGAGUGCCAUUCGUGGCUGAGUGGGUCAGGAACAAGGGGCACCUAUGGAAGUCACAGAUCACAGCAGCAAAAGGAGAAAUGCAGGAGCCCUGCAACUGUUGCAGUUGCAAGAGGACGCCUGCCGGCAGAGUAACAAGGAUGGCAAUGCCACGGAGUAGGAUGUUGACUUUCAGAUGAGGAUGAACAAGGAUCUGAUGAUGAGCUCACUGUGGAAGCUGAAGGUUGUGGAAAUUGAAAUGACUCUCCUGCAUGUUUGUGAAAUAGUAUGUAUCUUGAGGUAUCUGAUUACAUACGGUGCUUUACGAAAACAAUGUCAAGAAAGAGGAUCUAAAGGCCCGAGCAACGGCCUUGAAAAUUCUCGGGAAAAUAUUUCAGGGAUAAGGAGGCAUUACCUGGGCCAGAGCCAGGGCCGUCAGGGCCAUCAAAACGAACAGUUCUUGAUAAUGACAACAGUUUAGAUGACAGUUCAGAUGAUGACAUAGCUCGGACGGUGCCAUAUCAAACUCCUGCAUUUACUCUGUGGAGAACCAAAGUUGUCCUCGCAUGCUCUUAGAAUUUGCCAAUCCGCUUUGUAAGGAUAUGUACAUUACACAGUAACUAUUUAAUAGUUGAUACCAAUGGUAAGCAGAGCUUAUCCCAUCGUCUUA